UUGAUUUGUUUUUCACUCUUCUUUUGUGCUUUGUGCAGGUCCCCAACGCCGACUUGAAUGAGAUAUUUUAUCAUCUUGCCAGGAUUGGCCGUCGCGAGGGCUGGGAGUUCUGUGCGGACGACGGAACGGAGUUCAUUGCAAAACAUCCCAGUAUCUACCAAAGUCAACAAGACCUUUGGGCCAAGCACUAUACAUGGUUGGCAAAGGAACUGAACAUCGAAGGACGGCCUGUCGGAAAAGUAUCCACCAGCUCGUCAUCGGACAACAUUGGAAGUCGCAAGCGCAAGAAGUCAUUCUCCGCGCAGACCAGCAAUUCUGGAGCAGCAGCAGCUGCAUCGUCUGGAGCGCAUGUCAAGGACGAGCCCAUGGACACUGCCCAGGCAGCACCUGCAGCAACAGCAGCAGCAGCAGCAAUGGACAUGUCUGCCCCUGCAGCAGCAGCCGCAGAAGCAGCGACGGCGGCGGUGACAGCAGUGCCCAGUGUGAACCCUGGCCAAGUUCGCGUCAAGCCUGAACCCAUGGACACAGAGGCAGCACACAGCUCUAUGGCGGUUGCAGCUAGUGCCAUGCAGGGACCACCACUCGUUGUGCUCAUGAAGCAGAUUCUAUCCACCGGUGCAAAGACGUGGAGCGAAAUCUGGAAGGUGGUCAGUGCCGAGAAAGUCUGCAAUCCAGCCCUUGCAGAAAUUACCAUCACCGACCAAGCUAUAUCCAAGGCACUCAUUGUCGCCGAGGCUGUAGAGCUGCCCGCAUCAAGUCAGACACCUGCCGUGGAGGAUCGCUUGUAUGCGCUGGGCUCAACAGGGAAUGAAACAUUGGACUCGUAUCGUCGCGUCAUCCUCAGUCUGUUCACUACACAGCAAGCUCUCAGCCGCCGCACCAUCAAUGACGCUGUGAACAAAACAGUCGGUGGCAGCGAAUCCAAGGAUAUCACUCGCUUACUCAAGGAAAUGUGCAUGAAGCAGGGCACUAACUGGGUCAUCCGGAGGCCAGUGGCAAGCUAGAGUCUCCUUCACGAUAGUCGGCGGAACAAGUGACAACUGCAGUCCUAUUCCCUCUCUCUCUCUCUCUCUCUCUCUCUCUCUCUCUCUCUCUCUCUCUCUCUCUCUCUCUCUCUCUCUCUCUCUCUCUCUCUCUCUCUCUGAUUGGCUCGCUCGUUGUUCACAUGUCGGGUUUGCAGCCGAUGACGAACAUGCCCUGGUCUCCUCCAGCAAUUGUCGAACUGUUGCCCCAUGCAUUUGUGCGUCUGCGUGCGUGCAUGCAUGCGUAAUUUGAAUCAAUGCACCCCUAUUUGCUGAGUCGCCUACGGCAGUCUGUUGUUGCUUCCCUGCCAGGCCUCCACAACUUGAGGCAUGCCAUCAGGCCUGGUGAGCUCGCCAGGGGCUUGCGCGACUGCCGAUUGCUCCGAGCAGAGUCCUAGGUGGGGUGGCUUAGCAGUCCCGAUACUUCGAUCCGUACGCCUGUCCUGCUGAAGUCGCAUGACUACGGCGGUGUGACCUACUGCCGGUAGUCCAGUGCUGUUCGAUGAAAUCCAGUGCUGCUCAAUGAAAUCCAGUGCUGCUCAAUGAAAUCCAGUGCUGCUCAAUGAAAUCCAGUGCUGCUCAAGCCCAGUAGCGUCACUCGAGUUCCCCGCCGGGCGUUGGGCAGCCCUAGACCUGCGAACACUGGGCUGCGAAAUGCAUCAAUGGUGCAAGGCGGAAAUUUGAAGCGAUGGGACUGGAUUUCAUUGAGCAGCACUGACCCUCUAGCUGUGCAAUGUGCACGCACAAUACUGCCCGAUAGCAUCAUAGUUAGUCUUUGUGUCGACUCACAGCAUCACGGUCUGUAUUUUUUUACCCCGAGCUAAUUGUACCUCUCUCUGUCUUUAACCUCUCGUCGUUUGUUUUGUGCUGCCUUUUUAUUUAUUUCAAUUGCUUCGUUGUCAGUAUCCCCGUGUCCUGUUUUGUCUAAUCAAACUACCUGCUGAGCUUUGAACUUGCGAUAUUCUAAUAAUUAUUUUGAAGUUGUUCUUAGGUAAAGCAACAACUCUUGAAUAUGUCCCAUGUCGGGCUGGUUCGUUUGUUUUGCGUCUGAUUAACUCAAGGGUGCACAGGCACCCAGAACCGGUUGAA